CCCGUCCGUCGUCGAGGGUAGAUCGUUCGGAGUUACGUCUUACAUGUGUGUGCCGUCGGGUAUUCGUAUUGUGUAACUCUAACGUGAUUCGAUACUAUCGUAAGUAUUAUUUCCUAUUCUAAACAUACACGCGUAGCGUAUGUUGGCUUUCUUCGCGGUGUAUAUUCAUUGUGAAACGAGUAUCAAGUGAGUAGUGGCUGCCACGAGAAAACGACUCGAAGAAGAAAGUGACAGUGCUUAGUGUGUGCUCUAGCUUCGACUAUUCUUUUUUUGUCUUGUGUCUUCUCCCGUUAUUUCGUUUUUUAUUGCUGACCAGUGAAUAAUAGUGUAUACUGGCUAUGACCUGGGAUACCGCCGGAUAUACCUGAGGAUAACGGAGACAUAUCCAUUACUCCUGGCAGGACUUCGUCGUGACGGGAGGAAGCAACAUAACCUCUUCGAGGGCCUCUGACGAUAAGAUGUACCCUAGUGCCAGUAUAAACGCUGCGGCAGCUGUGGCUGUGGCAGCUGCGGCACGGCACCCGGGCCCGCCACAGCCCGGACAACAAAUUAAAUUCACAGUCGGAGAAUCCUGCGAUAGGAUCAAAGAGGAAUUCAACUUCCUGCAGAACCAAUGCCACGCCUUGAAGCUCGAGUGCGAGAAAUUGGCCACGGAGAAGAUCGAGAUUCAGCGACAUUACGUGAUGUAUUACGAAAUGUCGUACGGCCUAAACGUGGAGAUGCACAAACAAGCCGAAAUAUCGAAGAGACUGAACGCUAUCAUCGGACAGAUCCUGCCCUUUCUGUCUCAGGAACAUCAACAGCAAGUUGCAACCGCUGUUGAUAGGGCGAAACAGGUCACGAUGACGGAGCUGAACUCCAUAAUUGGGCAACAGAGACCUGACAUAUCAAGACUGCUGCAGCAAAUGCAUGCUCAACAAUUGCCACCGGGCACGGCGAUAGGUGCUCAUCCAGGACUACCCGGACUUCCGGGACUAGGACCAGCUGCUGGACUUCCGGUGCCAACUUCCGCCUCCGCGGCUCUUCUUGGCCUUGGCUUAACGCCGGCUGCUGCCACAGCACCGGGCACAACAGCGGCUCAUCCAUUGUCGAUGUUGAGUAAAACGGAAUUGCAUCGUGGUCAACCCGAUGAUUUAAAAAGCAAUGGCGGUCUCAGCUCGACCGAGGAAAGACACAGGAGCUCGAUAUCGCCCGGUGAUAAAUACAGUCGUCCACGCACACCGCAGGAAACGCAUCAUUCCCAUCAUUCUCAGAAUCACCACGACCAUCCCAUGCACAUCAAGAAGAUGAAGAAGGAGCAGGACAAGGACAUCGGUCAUAGCGACGGCGAGAAAAGCGAUCAGGACCUGGUGGUGGACGAUGCCAGCGAGGGACCAACGAGUCCGGUUGUAAACGGUACUACGUCACCCCGAGAGAACGGUCUGGAUAAAGUAACACCGAUAGGUGCCGGAGUUCAGACAAAGAAAGAUGUACCUCCACAUUCACCAAGAAGUGGAACGAGCAGCAACGCGAGUACACCGUCGGCCAAGAAAAUGGAGGAACGAGAGAAACCAACGACACCGAUCUCCAAGCCUUUGACACCGACCUCAGGCUCGGCGAUCGGUGGCAGUUUGAAACCAUCGGGAUCGGCGAAGCUACUUCAGGGACCACCGCCUCCCGGUGUACCAAGCGCGUAUCCGCCACACUACGCUCCCGGCCCACCGCCUCACCAUCUGGCACCAGCUGGACAGCAUCCUCAUGUCGACAUGAUGGGUGGUUAUAACGGCUACGUGGCGCCUAGAGCACCACCUUCGCUUCAACAGCUCUACGAUCCCCAUGUUGCCAUGAGAGCUCCCAUGGGAUCCGUUGGAGUACCCGGAGGCAAACCCGCGUACAGCUUCCACGUGUCGAGCGAGGGCCAGAUGCAGCCGGUGCCCUUCCCACCGGAUGCGCUCAGCGGACAAGGGAUACCACGUCAUGCGCGGCAAAUUAAUACCCUCAGCCACGGGGAGGUCGUGUGUGCUGUCACGAUCUCGAAUCCGACCAAAUAUGUGUAUACUGGCGGCAAGGGAUGCGUCAAGGUCUGGGACAUUGGCCAGGGCGGUACAGGAAGCACCAAGUCGGUCUCCCAGCUCGAUUGUCUACAACCUGACAACUAUAUCAGGUCAGUGAAACUGCUACCGGAUGGUAGAACGCUGAUAGUUGGCGGUGAAGCUAGUCGGCUGAGUAUCUGGGAUCUGGCGAGUCCAACACCAAGGAUCAAGGCCGAGUUAAUCUCUGCCGCCCCCGCCUGUUACGCUUUGGCGAUCUCGCCGGACUCGAAGGUCUGCUUCAGCUGCUGCAGCGACGGCAGCAUCGCCGUCUGGGAUCUUCAGAAUCAGACUCUGGUCAGACAGUUCCAAGGUCACACGGAUGGAGCGUCCUGCAUCGACAUCUCCGCCGAUGGCUCGAAAUUGUGGACCGGUGGAUUGGACAACACGGUUCGCUCGUGGGAUCUUCGAGAAGGCAGACAACUCAAGCAACACGACUUCACCUCGCAGAUAUUCUCUCUCGGCUACUGUCCCACGGGAGAAUGGUUGGCCGUUGGAAUGGAGAAUUCAAACGUCGAAGUGUUGCACGCCUCCAAUCCGGACAAGUAUCAGCUGCACCUGCACGAGUCUUGCGUAUUGUCGUUGAGAUUCGCAUCGUGCGGCAAGUGGUUCGUCUCCACUGGCAAGGAUAAUCUGCUAAACGCGUGGCGCACACCUUACGGAGCAUCGAUAUUCCAGUCAAAGGAAUCGUCGUCUGUACUCAGCUGCGAUAUAUCAGCGGACGACAGGUACAUCGUUACCGGUUCAGGUGACAAAAAGGCUACAGUCUACGAGGUGAUGUACUGAACGACGAAACCGCAACGACCGAACACCACAACCGAACGUAUUCAUCCGACUUGGAGGACUCCCGUUGGCGUGGAUGUACAUAAUUCUUAUACGAUAUUACGAGAGACGUUUGUUGCCGUUGUUCUUGUUAUUGUUGUUGUUGUUGCUCUUGGUGAAGAGAGGGUCCGUGCAAGAAUGAAAACGAGCCGAACGAACCGGAAAGCAGAAACGCGUGAAACGAAUAAAAGAAUUCGAUGGAAAUGAACGAAACGCGAUUAAAUUAUAUUGCUCGAGUAAUUUCGUAAGAGACUUUGAAACACGUUCGUGACAUCGGAGAAACAGACGAAGCGGAAAUGGAAGACGUCGUUUCGUUCCUCGAUCGAAUUGUCCUUCUUACGACGAGAAGAUGAGGUCUCGUGAAAGAAACGAACGUUUCGAAAACGGCAGACUCGAAAAUCAUACAGUUCGUUCCGCUCGUUGCGCGUUCAGCCGCCACUUGGGCGGUGGGAUCGCGUAUUAAUUAAAAACAAACGUUGGCAUUCGUACCGCGUUUUCCUCCUUGUACAUUUUGUAUAUACGUAUAUAUAUUAUAUAUAUUAUAUAUACAUACUUCAGUCUUUAAGUAUACCAUGAUAUUUUUCUACGUCCCUUAAAAGUGAGACGGAACGUGAGUAAUGAAAAAUAAGAGAAACCACAUACACAUACACGAACAUACACAAGCGCGCGCGCGCACGCACCCACUCACGCACGCACACAGAGAAACAUGAACACACGAGAAACUAAAAAAAAUUUGUAAAUAUUGUCUGGCUUAGAGAAUAAUAACAGAAUCGUGACGAGAGACGAUUAAAUAAAAAGUGAUACUCGAUAACGAA